CUCGACGACAGAGCCUGCGCAGUCUAGCAGAGCUUAAAACCGACCGGCUUUCUGUAGAAAGCUCCAUUGAGGCCGAUAUCCCUUCAUUAUCGAGAAGUGGAUCACAGUCCUCCUACCGCGAGUAUCCAACCCAGUGAACUGACUCUCCUCCAAUACCCUACCGACUGCGGAAACCACAACGUCACCCCCGUCACCUUCUUCCCCCCUGCGGACAGAAGAAAUGGCGGAUCAGAAUGAUGUAGACCUCGAUUCCAUAAUCGACAGAUUGUUGGAAGUCCGAGGUAGCCGCCCAGGCAAACAAGUGCAGCUCUUGGAAGCAGAGAUCCGUUAUCUGUGCACAAAAGCCCGUGAAAUAUUCAUCUCUCAGCCCAUCUUGCUGGAACUUGAGGCGCCUAUCAAGAUAUGUGGUGACAUCCACGGCCAAUAUUACGAUCUCCUCCGCCUGUUUGAAUACGGUGGUUUCCCACCGGAAGCAAACUACCUCUUCCUUGGAGACUAUGUGGAUAGAGGAAAGCAAUCACUGGAGACCAUCUGCCUGCUCCUCGCCUACAAGAUCAAAUACCCCGAAAACUUCUUCAUCUUGCGCGGCAACCAUGAAUGCGCUUCCAUCAACCGUAUCUAUGGCUUUUACGAUGAGUGCAAGAGACGGUAUAACAUCAAGCUUUGGAAGACCUUCACGGACUGCUUCAACUGCUUGCCCAUUGCGGCGAUCAUCGACGAGAAGAUUUUCACAAUGCAUGGUGGUCUCAGUCCCGACUUGAACUCCAUGGAGCAGAUCCGCCGCGUCAUGCGACCAACUGAUAUCCCUGACUGCGGUCUGCUCUGCGAUCUCCUCUGGUCUGAUCCAGACAAGGAUAUUACCGGCUGGAGCGAAAACGACCGGGGUGUCUCUUUCACCUUCGGGCCCGAUGUCGUCUCACGAUUCCUACAGAAGCAUGAUAUGGACUUGAUAUGCAGAGCUCAUCAGGUUGUCGAGGAUGGUUACGAGUUUUUCUCCAAGCGGCAGUUGGUUACGCUAUUCAGUGCUCCCAACUACUGCGGCGAGUUUGACAAUGCCGGAGCGAUGAUGAGUGUGGACGAGAGCUUGCUAUGUUCGUUCCAGAUUCUGAAACCAGCGGAGAAGAAACAAAAGUACGUUUACGGCGGUGGUCUUGGUGCCAGCAGGCCCGUCACUCCUCCGAGGAAGCAGAAGAAGUAGAAAUGAGCAAUUACGAACUUCCUUGUGUAUAGCAGGUUCGGACGCAGAUAAGCAUACCUUUCCGAUUUCCUCUCGAGUCUUUACAACAAAGUAUCCGCC